UGCAAUAAUGUGAGGUAAUUAAAUUUAGACUUAGAAAAGUCUUUGAAACGUUCUAAUCAAGACUUUCAGCUUUCCGAUUGUGUGCGCUUUAUUUUUCAAUUCUUCCUAGUCCCGGUUUUGCAUUUCUAAUGACAGUGAACUGACAAAGCGUGAAAGUGGUCUAAGGAGCAAAACAAAGCCAGCAAGCCUGCUUCUGGUGUGCCAAGAUUAAUCAAUAUUCCAGAAACCUCGGGGUUUCCCCCUCCUCCCUGGGCGGUUUCCAUUCCCCACUCCUCCUUUCCCGGGCACAGACUCCUCCCCUUUUCUUAAGUUGCCCUGAUAGUAACUUGCAGUUUCAGAGCACAUGCACACUGUCAGGGCUAGCCUGCCUGCUUACGCGCGCUGCGGAUUGUUGCUCCGUUGUACCUGCUGGGGAAUUCACCUCGUUACUGCUUGAUAUCUUCCACCCCUUACAAAAUCAGAAAAGUUGUGUUUUCUAAUACCAAAGAGGAGGUUUGGCUUUCUGUGGGUGAUUCCCAGACACUGAAGUGCAAAGAAGAGACCCUCCUAGAAAAGUAAAAUAUGACUAAAAGCAAUGGAGAAGAGCCCAAGAUGGGGGGCAGGAUGGAGAGAUUCCAGCAGGGAGUCCGUAAACGCACACUUUUGGCCAAGAAGAAAGUGCAGAACAUUACAAAGGAGGAUGUUAAAAGUUACCUGUUUCGGAAUGCUUUUGUGCUGCUCACAGUCACCGCUGUCAUUGUGGGUACAAUCCUUGGAUUUACCCUCCGACCAUACAGAAUGAGCUACCGGGAAGUCAAGUACUUCUCCUUUCCUGGGGAACUUCUGAUGAGGAUGUUACAGAUGCUGGUCUUACCACUUAUCAUCUCCAGUCUUGUCACAGGAAUGGCGGCGCUAGAUAGUAAGGCAUCAGGGAAGAUGGGAAUGCGAGCUGUAGUCUAUUAUAUGACUACCACCAUCAUUGCUGUGGUGAUUGGCAUAAUCAUUGUCAUCAUCAUCCAUCCUGGGAAGGGCACAAAGGAAAACAUGCACAGAGAAGGCAAAAUUGUACAAGUGACAGCUGCAGAUGCCUUCCUGGACUUGAUCAGGAACAUGUUCCCUCCAAAUCUGGUAGAAGCCUGCUUUAAACAGUUUAAAACCAACUAUGAGAAGAGAAGCUUUAAAGUGCCCAUCCAGGCCAACGAAACGCUUGUGGUUGCUGUGAUAAACAAUGUGUCUGAGGCCAUGGAGACUCUUACCCGAAUCACAGAGGAGCUGGUCCCAGUUCCAGGAUCUGUGAAUGGAGUCAAUGCCCUGGGUCUAGUUGUCUUCUCCAUGUGCUUCGGUUUUGUGAUUGGAAACAUGAAGGAACAGGGGCAGGCCCUGAGAGAGUUCUUUGAUUCUCUUAACGAAGCCAUCAUGAGACUGGUAGCAGUAAUAAUGUGGUAUGCCCCCGUGGGUAUUCUCUUCCUGAUUGCUGGGAAGAUUGUGGAGAUGGAAGACAUGGGUGUGAUUGGGGGGCAGCUUGCCAUGUACACCGUCACUGUCAUUGUUGGCUUACUCAUUCACGCAGUCAUCGUCCUGCCACUCCUCUACUUCUUGGUAACACGGAAAAACCCUUGGGUUUUUAUUGGAGGGUUGCUGCAAGCACUCAUCACCGCUCUGGGGACCUCUUCAAGUUCUGCCACCCUACCCAUCACCUUCAAGUGCCUGGAAGAGAACAAUGGCGUGGACAAGCGCGUCACCAGAUUUGUGCUUCCCGUAGGAGCCACCAUUAACAUGGAUGGGACUGCCCUCUAUGAGGCUUUGGCUGCCAUUUUCAUUGCUCAAGUUAACAACUUUGAACUGAACUUCGGACAAAUUAUUACAAUCAGCAUCACAGCCACAGCUGCCAGUAUUGGGGCAGCUGGAAUUCCUCAGGCGGGCCUGGUCACUAUGGUCAUUGUGCUGACAUCUGUCGGCCUGCCCACUGACGACAUCACGCUCAUCAUCGCGGUGGACUGGUUCCUGGAUCGCCUCCGGACCACCACCAACGUACUGGGAGACUCCCUGGGAGCUGGGAUUGUGGAGCACUUGUCACGACAUGAACUGAAGAACAGAGAUGUUGAAAUGGGUAACUCAGUGAUUGAAGAGAAUGAAAUGAAGAAACCAUAUCAACUGAUUGCACAGGACAAUGAAACUGAGAAACCCAUCGACAGUGAAACCAAGAUGUAGACUAACAUAAAGAAACACUUUCUUGAGCACCAGGUGUUAAAAACCAUUAUAAAAUCUUUCCAUCUCAUUACAGCUCAUUCGCUCCAGCAAGCCCGUUAUCUUCCCUUUCCUCCCUUCUGAUAAGACUGGAAAGUAGUCCUCCAAAACACAAGGGAGGAUUUUGGGUGGCCAAAGUGUACAAUUUUCAUCCCACAAUUGAAAUUUUUAAAUCAUUUCAUGUUAGUCUUACCUAAUAAGGUACCAAGAUCACAAAUAGUGUUGAUCAGAUCUUACAAGUUUAUGUGGCACACAAUCCUAUAAAUGUGAUUUUUUAUAUAAGUUAAAGAGACAAAUAGUAGGCUAAAAACAUUUUAAAAUCAACUUUUGAAAUUUAAAAAUCUUUCAGAAUACAAUUCAGUUUUAGUUUCAAAAUGUUAACAACUUGAAUUACAACCGGUUAUCAGUUGGACAGCAAGAUUUUAUCCCUUUCUGUUCUGACUGGUAUACCUAUUUCAUUAGUAGCUAGGUGCACAUAUACAUCUAGCACAGCUGUGAGGACAGACAGAAGGCAAAGUUUCCAUGUGGCCUUGAGUAAGUCCCAUCUCACCUCUAGGCCUCAGUGUCCUCAUCUAUAAAAUGAGGGACUUCCCUAGAAGUCUUCAUGGUCUCUUCCAGCCCAGACAUCCUGUGAUGUCAUGAAAGCACCUGCCCUCUGUUUCCCCUCAGAACACCCUGUACCAUCCAUGGAGCACGAGGCCUUCAGAAAAGACACUUCAAUGGGAGUGAACAUUUCUAACUAAGGACAGGAUGGCUGUGUGUGGUGGUCACCAGGUCCUGUGAGCAAAGUGCAGGUUAUGCAAGUCGCCAGGCAGGAGGCCAUUCCAGGAGUGGGAUUAUUCAUCAAACUCUUUGUCCAGUUCAUCCGAAUGGGGGAAGUAUUCCCUUCUUUCCUACUCUGGGAAGAAUGUCUCCUGCCACUCCUCAACUGAUGAUAGACUUCGAAAACAGAUGAGAAGACUAGCAGCUAGCAAGGGUGCUUGUGGUCACACUGUGGAACACUAAAGAGCCAGGAAAGAGUUGAGCACAGGCAACAUUACAAACAAAGGAUUUGAAAACACCAAGAGUACAGGUCUUCUUUAAGGAAGAAUAAAAAAGAAGAGGUUCAUUUUUCUGGCUUUUUUUUUCACCUGAAACACUUUUUCUCGAGUCCAAAAUCAUUCCCCCAUGAAGUCUGCUUACCAAAACAUAAGAUGACUUAUAUAUUUGAAAGAAGUCAAAUGAAUGAGCUCUCUAAUAGAAGUCCAUGAGUUGAGUGGGUAUUUCUUAUUUGAAAGUGUUUUUCUUUAAUCAAAAGUCCUUAGAAUGAGGGAAACAAAAUAUUUAUUUGUUUUGGAAUCCCACUUAUCAAAUCAUUCAAAACUUUCAGCUGGAGUGGGGUUUGCUUUUGUUUUGUUUGUGUCCAUAAGAGAAAUGGUAGAAGAUGAAUCAGUAUGAAGAAACUGUCAAUGAGGUUAUGAGAAAAAACAGCAGGGGCAUUAGUUUCAGGCAAGGCAGCUCCCAGGUUUAGGGAUUAAUUUUUACCCCCUAAGGAAUAUCCAGUCAAAGACGCUGAGUGGGAGCUGUCAGGCAGUAGCAGCUGUGUUUGAGUUUCUGGCUGAAAAUGGUGAAGAAUGGACUUAAUUAUGCUAACAAACUGAAAAAUCUAGACAUAGAUCCUCUGAUAUACAAUUAGAGAUAUUUUUAUAUAGACCCCAAGCAUUCUGUGUAUAAAAGUUAACAUUAGGCUGUGGUGCAGUAACCAUUUAAUGUCGAGGCUCUAUUUCGGAAAUACACUACAAAUGUUAAAGUACGUGACUGUCCUCUUAAGACACUAGUAGAGCAAAGACUUAAUCAUAUCAACUUAAUUCUGUUACACAAUAUGUGUUUUUUAAUAUACUAACCAUUUCUUAUGGAAAGGUCCUGUGGGGAGCCCAUCCUCUCGCCAAGCCAUCACAGGCUCUGCAUACACAUGUACUCAGUGUGGACUGGGAAGCAUUACUUUGUAGAUGUAUUUUCAAUAAAGAAAAAAAUAGUUUUACAUUAA